CGUAAUAGUGGAUACAAGAGCCCAACACUUACGUAAAUAUUAUCCCUUGUAAAAUAUAGGCACAUGGUGGUAAAUAGAUAAUGAUGAUGAAUAACACAGAUCAUUCGUAAAAAGUUAAAUAAUGUAGCCACUAAAUUUUGAAAGACCUUUAAACAACUAUGAACGAGUGAAGUGUGUGUUUGGCUCAAGCCUCGUUCAGACGGCCGCCUAAUGGUCAUUGAAAUGGUCGUUACACACACACAACGGAAAAGACUGCCUUACAAACAAGCCCUCAACCCAUUCUACGUUAACUCAAACAAAUAUCAAUCACAGCACUUCUGGUCUGUACACACACAAAAAAAAACCUACUACCACCUAACUACUGAAGUGGAGUCGAGGCACCAACCGCCUACUCGAGACUUGAUUCGAAGCAGUUUCCCGCCGAGGAUGCCCUAGGAGUUGCCAGUGUGUCAUAUUACUUUACUGUGUGCUUGGCCUUUGUGGUGAUCAGACGUACGGUGCGGGACUCAAAAGGAACGAUUAAUAGACACCAGGCUACCCAGUUUCCCGUCGUAUAAAAGCAGCUCCAGCGACCUCUGUACCCGAAGCGGAGUGAGUGGCUCUUAGGAGUAACAUGCAGCGAUCCGAGACUCCUUUCACUACUCCUGCAGGUCGGUGGGAGUGGAGGCGUCACUGCUAGCAUUGUGUCGCCGCCACCUCGGGCUAUGCUGCUACAGUGCCCGACGAGCCGCGCACUGCUUUAGCGUUCCUGUGGCACUGCUGGAAUGUGGGUCGGCGUGGCAGUGACGGCGAGCCUGGUGCUGCUGGCCCGCGGUACCUCCGGGAACUAUCUCGUGCCGGCCCCGAGGGAUGAUGACCGAUGGGGGACGCUGGUGGCGGUGGCGGCGGUGCGCGGCUCCACGGCCAAGCUGCCCUGCCGCAUCAGCUCCGAGAACCCCGCCGAGCCUGUCCUGCUGGUGCUGUGGUACAAGAACGCCUCCGUCACACCCGUCUACAGCUACGACUCCCGCGGGCUGGAGGGUCGGCCGAGCGGCGGGGGGCGGCCGCACCAGUGGGGGGACGAGGAGGCGUGGGGGGUGGAGCAGCGGGCGUGGUUCGACACCUCCCAGUCCCCCGCCCACCUGCUGGUGAGGGACGUGCGGGGGCGGGACGAGGGGAACUACACGUGCAAGGUUCACUUCCGGGCCUCCCCGUCCUGGUCCCAGCGCGUCACCCUCACCGUGCGGGACCCACCGGGCUUCCCGAGAAUCCAGGAUGGGUCUGGGCAGCGCCUGGAGGGACCAAUCGGCCCCUAUGAGGACGGGACCACUGUCAGGAUGAUGUGCCUCAGCUCCGGGGAGCCGCCGCCGGGACUGGUGUGGGGCGGCAGCGGGGCGGGGCGGGGGCGAGCGACGAAGGAGCAGCGGGAGGGCAACAUUGCGAAGACGUGGCUCACCGUUGUGGCCUCCCGCUCCAUGGCCGAUGCGACCAUCACCUGCUCCACCACCAACGCCUCCGUGUCCUCCGGCAUCAUGCAUACCGUCUCCACCACGCUCAAGGUCAACCUGGCGCCGUUGUCGGUGCGGCUGGAGUCCCCGGCGGUGUGGGUGAGUGCCGGCCAGCAGAUCUCCUUCAGGUGCCGUGUGGUGGGCUCCUCGCCGCCGCCGGUGGUGCAGUGGUGGCUGGGGGGCCGCCGCCUCACGGCCAACGCGCCGCUGACAUCAGUAGGCGGGAACGUGAGCGUGAGCACGGUGAGGCUGACGCCACAGCCCGGCGACCACGCGGUGCCGCUGGUGUGCAAGGCGUUCAGCCCCAACCUGUCCGGCAGCGUCCUGCAGGACCAGAUCACCCUCGCCGUCCACUUCGUGCCCGUGGCCACCGUGAGCGUGCAGGGCGGCGGCUCCGAGGCGGCCACCGUGCGGGAGGGCGGCGCCGUCACCUUCACCUGCCACUUGGAGGCCAACCCCGCCGUGUACAACGUCACCUGGUUCCAUAACGGGCGCGCGCUGCGGGGGUGGGCGUGGGGCGUGGAGGUGCGCAACGCUACGCUGCGGCUGCUCAACGUGACGGCGGCGAUGCGCGGCCUCUACACGUGCGUCGGCAGCAACCCCGAAGGCGACGGCCAGAGCAACGCCCUCAACCUCAACGUGGAGUUUGCCCCGGUGUGCGCGGAGCAGCAGAGGAAGCACUACGUUGUGGCCCCGGGAAGCUCGGUCACGGUGGCUUGCCGGGUGGCCGCCUUCCCCACGCCCCUCACCUUCACCUGGGCCCUCAAGAACGACUCAGACAGCCCGCCCGUGAGGCUACACAGCGUGGGGCGCGAGGAGGGCCUGACGGGGCACUACACACUGAGGGGCGUGAAACAGAAGAGCGUGGAGGUGUUGUGCUGGGCCCGGAACGCCGCCGGUACCCAGGCCGCCCCGUGCAGGCUGGCCGUCUACACGCAGGGUCGGCCGGGGCCCGUGAGGAACUGCAGCGUGGAUAGCCACACGGCGGCGGGGUUCCGGGUGGCGUGUGAGGCGGGGCCGCCGCGGGGCACCAACACGCGCUACACCCUCCUGGUCUACACGCAGGAGAGCGGCGGGGAGAGGAGCAACAGUAUUAGUGGCGGCGAUGGCAAAGGUGAGGGUGGCGGCGGCGGCGGGGGCGGCCAGGCUGAACCGGCGCCCACCCUGGACAAGCUGAUGCAGAAUGUCACCAACUCCUCGCCUGUCUUCCUUGUGCGGGGGCUGCGGGCGGGGCGGGAGUUUGCCCUGGUGGUGCGGGCGGCCGGCGACGAGGGAGUGAGUCCACCCGUCGUGCUCACCGCCUUCACGCUCACCGACAACGCCCAGACGGUUAUCGGACUGCCAAACGGAGGAGGAGGACACGCCGGCGGCAAUGGCCUGGGUAACAGCAACACCUUCAGCAGCAGCAGGAGCAAAGGCGGCGGCGUUGGCGGGGAGGGCGGGUGGACGGCGGCGGGCGAGGGCGGGGUGGAGGCCUGGGCUAGCUGGCUCCUGGGGUUGGUGCCGCCCUUGGUGCUUGUAUUGGGGACGUCCCUCACCGCCCUCCUCCUCCUCGUCCUCAUCGUCGUGCUCCUGGUGAUGAAGUUCAGUGGGAGACCGCGUCGGCAGCGGCAACAACAACAGGCGAAGACCAGCGGAGAGGCGUCACCCGAGGACACGCCAGCGCUGCCAGCAGGGUCUAAUCUGGGAGGUGACGAGACGAGCGAGUCUGUGGCGGAGGGAGGCAGUGACGGCGGCGACGUGGAGGGCGGGACGGCGACGACACCGGCGACAGGUGUUGACAGCUUGGUGAUGACGGGCGGCAGCGGCGAGGGAGAGGUAGCGAGAGACGCUGCAGCAGCAGGUCGCGUGUUUACUGCCGCCCCCGAAGACUCGCUGCUGGCUGUCUGCGCUCCAGCGGGAAGGGCGGCAGCUUGGGCGCCGGGGGGCAGCGCGACCCUUCCCAGACUGAUGACUGGCGGCCGGCUGCCGGGCCGAGAGUCACGCGACUGUCUGACAGCGGGGUUACGCUCUGUAGAUGCCUCGCUUGGCACCUCAACCACCAGCGUGUACACGGGGGCCUCCCAGAGUGGCCUGGGAGGCCUCACCAGCGCUGUCAGCCUGGGGCAGGUGUCCGGGGACGGUGUGAGCGGCAUCAGUAACCUGGUGGGCCGCAUGGCGCCGGGCGUUGCGACAUCAGCUGCUUCGGUCACGAACCUCGGUGACUUCACUGCCGCUGCUGGCGGCGUGGGCGGCUGUCUCGCCGUCAUUGGCGUAGGAGACUUCUCCAACGUGGGUAGCGUGAGUGCCGCCAGUGUGGGUGUGACGGGGAUGCCGGGCGGGCCGAGGCGGCACUCCACCUCCUUCCACCAGCCGCUGCAGGUCAUGCCGGGCACUGGGGCUGCGGUGCGACCUGCCGGCCCGCAGCUCCCGCCGGGCACGUGGAACACCAGGUUGUGAAGGUCUACAGAGAACACUGGGACAGUUGUGUUACCGAUAUGGGAGGCGGAGGUGCCGGGCACGUGGAACACAAGGUUGUGAAGAAUGAAUCUGUCGUCAUUGUGUCGUGUGGAAACACUGCCAGGGCCAUGCUCGCGACCCCCACACGUGUCCUCUUACAUAACUCUUGUGUGUGUGUGUGUGUGUGUGUGUGUGUGUGUGUGUGUGUGUGUGUGUGUGUGUUGCUUGAUGACUGUUGACAUGAAGCGUGCAGCGUGAAUGGACAGCGUGCCGACGCUCGGCCUUGGUGGGUCAGGCGGCGACGCCAGCGUGGCGUAGUCUGGCACACCAGUAAACCUCUGUCAAGGGUGAUCAGUGCAAUUUUUUUUUGUCUUUUUUCAGAGUGGAUAUCAAAAUUUACUUGAUUUCGUAUUGUAGUGCAUUUCGUACUGUAGUGCACCAAAUUACAGUGUCGUUCUUACAGCAUCCCUGUGUGUUUGUGAACGUGAAUCAUUGGCGUGUCAGUCCUCAUAGGAACACAUAGUCGUGGAUAUUGUUGUAUAAAAGAACAAGUGAUCUUUUUGUGUGUUUCUAAAAUCAGUGUCAAAUAUCGCAACGCUGUGCGUCUGAACUUUAACGGGGACCUGUGACUCUGUGGCUCCCAGACCUCAAGUGUGUCAAGGCUCCGUGAGGCGGCGGCGGCCCUGGGGGCUGUGUGGCUCCCGAACUGUCAGUGUGUCAAGGAGCCGUGAGGCGGCGACUGCCGUGGUGGCCGGGAUGUUCCGGCGCCGAGAAGACAGUGUCGACACCCACCUGGAGAUAUCACUCUACAGCGGCCUUUACUCAGUGGUGACCUGUGUUCUAGGUGUUGUUCAUGUUAGGCACCAAACUGUUCACUCCACAUUUAUCGUUCACUGCUAUUUAGUUACGUAGAGUUUAGAACAUGGUGACAUGAACAAAGUACAUGCUGCGUCAUCUACCAUAUUUUGAUAUAUAUAAGUAAUAAAAAAGGUAUUUUCAUAAACUUCUCCACACGACGUGCCAACGCUGAGUUCGGGCAUCUGCGCCGAACGUUGUUCUGUAUUCAGCCUUUCGUUGGUUUACCUUCGUAACGCAUGUGUCACGAGGCGUCACUGUAUGUAGUUUUAACAUGAAUCAAAGAUUGAGGUAAUAAACUGCGG